AUUGUAUGUAACGAAACAUGUCAGGCCAGAGGAGCACGCGGGGUCUCCCAUCUCCGCGGCAGUGAGGCGCGAUGUCGUCGGCGGAGGAAGACGGCGGUGCGGCGGCGGCGGCGGCGGUGGCGUACUGCAUGCCCGGCGGUCUCGAGUUCCAGCGCGUGUACGUCAAGGUGCACGGCUACAUCGCGCUCAUCAUCUGCCUGCUGGGCUCCAUCGCCAACUCCGUCAACAUCGCGGUGCUGAGCCGCCGCGAGAUGACCUCCUCCACCAACUCCAUCCUCACCGCGCUGGCCGUUGCCGACCUGCUCGUCAUGCUCGAGUACGUGCCUUUCGCCUUCCACAUCUACAUCAAGAUCGGCACCGAGCUCAACCGAAACUCGUACGGCUGGGCCGUCUUCGUCUACUUCCACUCGAUCUUCAGCCAGACCUUCCACACGAUAUCGAUCUGGCUGACGAUCACGCUCGCGGUGUGGAGGUUCGUGGCGAUCAAGUUCCCGCAGAAGAACAGCACCAUAUGCAACAAACGCAACACGAACUUGGCGAUAGCGGUCGCGUACAUGGUGUGCCCGGUGGUGUGUCUUCCAAUAUAUUUCGCGAUGAACAUAGAGGAGCGGCCGAGCACCCCGAGCGGGCCGGUAAACGGCACGGCGAACGUUACUGUCGUCAACGACACCGCUGUAGCCGGUGACCCCAUCUACGCCAUAUCGAUGACCACCAACAAGGAGCUGCUGACCGCUAUAUUUUGGAUAUACAGUGUAUUUUUAAAACUCAUACCGUGUGUGGUGCUAUCGAUACUGAGUGUGUGUUUGAUCAUGAAGAUGAAAUCCAGCGACCGCCGGAGACAGAAGCUGCUCAAAAAGUCUGCGAUAAAAACCAAUGAGGGAGAGAAGGCGAGAUUGAACGAGGAGAGCGGCAAGAAAUGCGGCGGGGGGCGCACGGACCGCACCACGCGCAUGCUGGUGGCGCUGCUGGGCCUGUUCCUGGCCACGGAGCUGCCGCAGGCGCUGUUCGGCCUGCUCACCGCCAUCGCCCCGCAGCUCUUCGAAGUCUGCUAUUACUCGUUCGGCGAAGUGAUGGACAUCAUGGCGCUGGUGGGGUCCGCAGUGAACUUCGUGCUGUACUGCAGCAUGAGCCGACAGUUCCGCUGCACCUUCACGCGGCUGGCCGGCAAGCUACUGCCGCUGCGGAACCACAACCAGGGGCCCGGCAAGUCGUAGCACGCCGCCACAACCGCUACGGUUGUGCAACUCUAAGGACUAGCUGGUUGCGUUAAAAUCUGCUGUGAGUUGUGACGCUGAAAACCAGUAAAAUAUACCCAACUGAAAACCAUUGAAAUGGGAGUAUCAAAGAAUUAACACUAGAAUAUGACUAGUGGUUGUAUAAGUACCCUAGCCGUUUUGUAGAAAGAAACAAAAUUAAAUCAAACGAAACUGAACCGUCCAUAUACUUAUAAUAGUUUUAGGACGACAUAUUAUGACGGCCACUUUGAAACCUUUCUGCAGAUCGGCUAGGUUCAAUUCAAUAAAAAUAUCGUUGUUCUAUGUUCAUUGGCCAUUAAGUUGAUAAAAUACGACCUAUGUAAUUAAUGUGAAUAAUAAGUACAAUAACAAGUAGA